AGGGUUCAAUUGCCCUUAUAUAUUAUAAAAUUUGGAGGGCUUUGACAUGAAAGGUUGUGCAUACUACAGUAUCCAGAGAGUUUGCCAUUGCUCAAUUGGAUUCCGAAUAGUAAACAUGGCCCGUGCAGUAUUUACUGCCAUCCUCCUGUGGAUUUGUCUGAUACAGUACGUCCAGGCCGGGAAGAUUCUCAUGUCUGCCGGUGUAGACACCACCCAUUACUUGUUCAGCUCCAAGAUAGGUCGGGAGUUAGUACGGAGGGGAAACGACGUCACUUUCCUUCUCAGUAGUUCAUAUAGCCACCGUUUGAACAGCAGCGACACCGAGUGGUUUAAGUUCCAGGUCUAUAACUCCCCGUACACGUAUGGGGAAAUACGCAACAUGACACAUCGGUUUGGUUUGGAGGCGCUAAACGGUACGUAUCAGAAGACUACCGACUACUCCAAGACCCUGAUGCGGCUAAUUUUUGGUGGCAAGUCCGAACAGACCGAAGAGGAGAGGCAGGAACAGUUGAAACCAACAAAACCCAUGUCCAAGUAUCUAGCUCACGAGUGCAACGCCCUCCUCGGUGACGAUGAGACCAUGUACAGACUUCGAGGUCUCAACUUUGACCUCAUGACCUUUGACAUCAUCAAUCCUUGUAUGGCCCUUGUCGCCCAGAAGUUGUCCCUGCGGUACGCGAUCAUCACAGCGACGCCAAUUGUAAAUGGCUUCCACGAUCGCUGGUUUGACGUCCCCUCCAACCCCGCCUACAUCCCUAUGGCAAUGAGUCCCUCCGGAGAUUCCAUGGCGUUCAUGGAGAGGUUUCGGAAUACCGUCACGUGGUUCGUGAUGUCUGCAGUUGUGGAUCACUUCACGUUCCAGCCGUACGAGGAGCUCCGGAUCAAGUACAACAUCCGGCCGGAUUUGACUAUGCCAGACAUCAUACGUGCUGCGGAGGUAUGGAUUUCUAAUACGCAUUUUGCGAUGGAAUACGCGAGACCGAUAAUGCCUAACACGAUCAUGGUGGGAGGCUUAUCAGCAGACGAAUCUAAACCUCUGGAUCAGGAUUUGGAGGAAUUCUUCGAGGGAUCUGGAGAUGCCGGUGUUGUUAUUUUCUCUUUGGGUUCCGUGGUUGAGGUCAUGAGCGAGAGUCAGACAAAUAUCGUCGCCAGGGCAAUGGCGCGACUUCCCCAGCGAGUACUCUGGAGAAUUCACGGUCAGCCGCCCAAGAGUCUCGGUAGCAACACCAAGGUUGUAAAGUGGCUACCACAGAAUGACGUUCUUGGUCAUCCCAAAACCAAGCUGUUGAUUUACCACGGUGGCAUCAAUGGUAUGAUAGAAACCAUGUACCACGGAGUCCCUGUUGUGGCCAUACCACUGUUUGGUGAGCACAGUGACUGUGCAACGCGCCUUAAAAAACGAGGAAUGACAGAGAUUAUCAGUAUGGCAGACUUUACGGAGGACAUGAUCUAUGAAACAGCCGUCCGCAUCUUGAGCAAUGACAGUUACGCCGCCAACGCCAAACUUAUGUCGGCCAUCAUGAAACACAACGCGGCCCCACAACUCCACGUUGCCGCCCACUGGGUAGAACACGUGAUGCUUCACGGGGGUGACUACUUCCGAUCCAAAGCAGGUCAACUUACUACGGUCCAGUAUUACCUACUGGAUGUCAUAGCCGUCGCUGCGUCCAUCAUCAUUGUAGUGGUUCUCACUUUGGGGUGUGCAUGCCGUUUAUUGUGUCGCCGAUGUACGAAUUCUGCCCAAGUGAAGAUGAAGACGUUCUAAAAAGAGGCUCAUUUAGAGAAAGUAUAAUGUCGACGUCGGUCCUUUUUGUGACAAUUUUAGCUCGAAAUCUAAACAAUGGCCUCGAGUUGGUAAAAGCAUUCCGCACUAUAGCCCUGGCGGCCUUUCGGAUUGGGGAGGUUUAGCCGCACGUUGCGCGUGAACGUGAACAUGAACGUCAACAAAUUGUGUCGUUAAAAUCCCAAAGUGGGAUAAGCCCAAAGUGACGACGUCUCCCAGAAACAAUCAAUUUUGUUGACGUUCACGUUCACGUAUUUGCUCGCGUAACGUGCAGCUAAAUCUCGCCUGUGUACAGCACAAAGGAAGAGUCCUACACAGGGCUAUCCGCGCUAAUGCUUUAAAAAGAAGCUAAUGUACCCAAAUCUCAGAAGAAGUAUUUAUUUGUUUACUAACGCACCCUUACACGUCCAAAUUGUAUGUUAACCCGGUGUGGCGGUUUCAGUCUUCCGCCGUGUUCAGUUUUCCGGGUGACGUAGUCGGUCAGAUCAGCACGUUGUUCGAACUGUUUUAGCUUUCCGGCGUGUUCAGUUUUCCGGGUGACUUGUCAGAUACCUCCGCAAGUACCCUGGCGAGCAUCGAGUUCUCUCAACAGUGACCCCACAUUGUUUAUAUUACGAUUAUUUUCUGUGUAGUCACAU